AUGACGACAUAUUCAUGCGCCGGAUAUGUUGAUUCCCAGAAAUCCCAAAUGCUGAUGUGUUACAAGCAAUUCCACCGCUGAUAGACUUUAGAGUUUGAUUUUUGAUGCUGUAAUACAACAAACGGAGAGGAGCGGCGGCGGGUCACAGGUCGAUGUCAAAGAAGAGGCCGAGGAAGAGAUCAGCAGCAGCGGGUCAGAGAGCCGAUGGCGCCCAAAGGUAAAGUUGGCACGAAGGGAAAGAAGCAGAUCUAUGAGGAGAACGAGGCAACGCUGAAGUUCUACACAAGAGUCAUCCUCGGAGCUAAUGCAAUAUAUGCUGCUGUAAAUCUCCUGGUUUUCUACAGUUCAUCUACAUUUUGGACAUGGCUUCUGCUCAUGUUUGCACUAGCAGUGUAUGUCGGGAGCUACCGCUCCAUGUCGGCUAUGGCCAAGCCGGUGUUUGCUGAGGAUGGAAGUCUCCUGGAUGGAGGAAUCGACUUAAACAUGGAGCAGGGAAUGGCAGAGCACCUGAAGGACGUCAUCCUGCUCACAGCCAUAGUACAAGUCCUCAGCACCAUCUCCUCUUAUUUCUGGUAUCUUUGGCUGCUGGCCCCGGCCAGAGCCCUGCACCUGCUGUGGGUGAACUUCCUGGGCCCCUGGUUUAUGGCAGAAAGUCCGUCAGCACCAGAGGAAGUGAAUGAGAAGAAGCAGAGAAGACAAGAACGCAGACAGAUGAAGAGAUUCUGAUGCUGCGGAGCAGACGGAGCAGUAUUUUUUUAUACACAGAAUCUAAUAUACAGAUAGUGAGGGACUCAUAAGUUAUUUAGGAAGAAAUGUUGUUAUUGAGUUAAAGUCGAUCUGAAUCUGAUACUAUGGGAUCUUGUUUUCCAUGUUUGUUUUCUUUCUGCUUUCUCCUGUAAUCAAAUUUCUCCCUAAAUUAUGAAAUGAAAUCAUCCCUAUUUAGAUAAUGUCACAAUCCAAAUAUCGUUUGUCCUCAUGCAGAGAUUUGAGGGUUUUACUGCUGCACAGUCCCAUCACAGUGCAGAUUUCCAUCAGAUAUUCUCGUGGGAACGACCCUCCGAUACAACAACGACAAAGUGAGUCAAAACCACAGCCGACUGAAUUCAUUCUGUCAGAGGCACUAUCUGUCCGGCCACAUCUUUUCCUUUUAUUUAAUUUUAUUGCUCAAAAAUGUAACCGAAUUCAUCGGCGAGCCUUCAUUACAGAGCCGAGAUAUUUUGUUUGUAAGCUGUUCAGUCUUAUCUCAACUGGAUGUAAAUCAAGUUUUGCAAUAAAAGUUUGAUCAUUAUA